GAGAUGGGAGGAGGAAAUCCAUGCGAGGACGAGGAGGAUGGCAACGACUAGUCAUUCGAAACUGUACUAGUAACGUUUCGAAACAAGAAAAUAAAGGACAAUCCAUUGCUAGCAACGAAAAAGCAAAUACCCGGGUGAAUACUUUUGAUGCGGCGGGGUUGGCAGAUGGUCAAGAUCCUUUGGCUUUGAGAAAGGCAGCAUGGAAAUAUGGCAUCUUAUCGUUGUUGUUUGGAGUAGUUGCAGGUGUCAUUCAGUACAAGCGCUCUGCUCGGGAAGCGAAAGGAAAGGAAAAUAUUGCUGAAAAUGCUUCACAAACUCAGUUGUCCUCUUCUCGAGUCACGGAAGAAGAACAAGUGAUACCCGAUGCUCUGGUUGAACUACAAUUGACACAAAUAGAGUUGGAGUCACAGUUGAAGUGCCUUAGAGCCAAUGCCAAGACUGAAGAGUCACUUCAGGAGUUGGAACGAUUGAAAGAAAGACUUGCGCAAGUGGAAAAAGAAAUAGAGGCAAAGGCCAAUAGAUAAAUAUUAAGGAAUGGAUAUUGUGAAGUAAGUUUAGUACAAAGGAAAUGGCGUAUGUAUAAAUAUACUGUUAAAGUUGCGUUUUAUAAGAGUAACAAAAGACCACAUAAAUAUGUAUAUUCUUCUCUUCUCGUACCGGGGAAUAUCCACGUAUUGUUGGUAAUCGAAAAUCGAUGAAA